AUGAACAUAGCUAUCGUCAACCAUGAAUCGAAUACCGAAGCGUCAUGGGGGCCUCCUCCGCAUGCCCACGGCAGCGGCGAUGAUGGGACGCCGCCGCCGCCGCUGAAGGCACAGCUGGAAGCGGCCAUGUGCACGACCCUCCCUCUCGGCGCCGCCGACCCCGCGAGGUCCUUCCUGCCGAACGACGAGCUCCACAGGCUGGUCACCCCCGCAUCGGCGCUCCGGACGCUACGGGAAUGCGCGCCCGGCUUCACGGAGGAGAUCCGGAGCAUCUUCGCCGAGACCAUAUUUACCAAAUCGCCGCAAGUGGUCAAAUCCUUUGCGAUCCUGGUCCUAAUUGGUCGCGCCGAUGCGAUCUUCAAGUUUAUGGACCUCUCCAUCAGCGACGGCGAUCUGCCAUUGGGGCCGACUGCUGAGAGCAGCACGGUCGUCGGGUCGUUGAGCGCCCCCAAGUGCUUCGACCUCAAGCUUGCGGGGCUCAAUCAUGAUGAUGUCGUAGCGUUCGAGGAGAUGCAGUGGAGGGUCUGCGUGCCUGUUAUAGAGGAGCUGGGCGUUGAGGGUGAGCCCUCCCGCUUCCACCAGAAGACUAUUCUGCCGUUUAUCUGGGAUGGGCCCGUGGCGCCGGUCAUACAGCAAGGCGGCCAUUCUAGAGUCUACCAAGUUCGCAUUCACCCGGCGCAUCACCGUUUCGGUGCAUCAGAGGUAUCACAAGCCUUCUCCCACGAGGUCUCAAAUCUUAGGAACUUCGGCGACGCCCCCAACAUCAUCAAGCUCCUCACAGCCUUCAAACACGGCCCGACGCCAUACCUCGUCCUCCCCUGGGCCGGCCCCGACCUCCAGUCCCUCUGGACGCAGACCGACGGCCCUGCGGACGAGGAGCACGCGAUCCUUACGGCGAAGCAGAUGCUCGGCGUCGCGGAGGCUCUCAAAGCGAUCCACUACUUCCGCGUCAAGAACCGCAGCCGCGGUAAACCCACCACCAACGACGCCGCAGCCGGCAACGGCUACCAUGCAGAUCUCAAGCCGGAGAACAUCCUCGUCAUGGACGACCGGUGGACCAUCACUGAUUUCGGGCUCUCAUCCGCCGCGCCUACGGACAGGCCGCUGGGCUGCUCGCCGACGUACCGCGCACCGGAGCAUGAUGUCGGGAAGUUUGACGGGCAGAAGGCGGAUAUCUGGUCGCUUGGGUGCGUGAUGAGCGUCGCGGCGACGUGGAUGGCGCUCGGGAGGAAAGGUGUGCGAAACUUUCGCGCGAAACGGGCUCUACGUAGCGAUGCUGCGUCGCGGGAGAAUGGCAAGGUCGAUGAUGCCUUCUUCGAGGCUCGGGACAGGAAGAAGGGCAACGGGUUGAGGGUUAAGCCUGCUGUGACGCACUGGAUCGAUAAGCUUCACCAGUCUCCCACCGCCACCCCCUUCAUCCACGACCUCCUCGACCUUGUGAAGAACGACAUGCUCGAGGUGGACGGGGAGAAGCGCAUCGCUAGCGACCAGCUCGUGGACAGGCUGCGGGAGAUGCAUCGCAAGUGCUCCGAAGAGCCGGGCUACGCGAAGACCAACCCAAUGGCGCCGAAGAGAAUCGUAGUGCCCAAGAUUACUGACCAUGUAGAGGCUCCACGGUCCAUCAGCGUGAACAUGGUUCAGCUGCCCAGCCCGAGCACAUAUAAAUAUUCGACCCAUAACACGUGGCCGCUGGAAACCCACCAGCUGGCCUCGCAGAGCUUCGAUCCGGAACCGGACGGGCGGUCUUCGACAUGGACCUAUGCGGCGGCGCCUGAGCAGCCCUUUGGCAGUUCAAGUCUCGGACUCGGCAGCAACGUGGCAUUGGCGGAUCCGGUGUCCCAUACCAUCCCAAUGGCCAGCCCCAAAUUUCCACGCCGUAAAAGGCGGCGAGACGCGGAAUUGAGGUCGCCGGCUCAAAGCAAGCGCCAAAAGUCCGCGUCACCUACGUCUCCCAACGACAGAACCUCAGGAGAGCUCUUUGCUUGUCCCUACUUUAAGCAUGACCAGGAGAAGUACGGCACCAAGGAGUGGAACUCGUGCGGUGGUCCCGGAUGGGAGAUUCACAGAUUAAAGGAGCACCUGAAGCGUGUGCACAGGGUCGAAGGUCACAGGUGCAACUGCUGUCUACAUCGAUUUCCCAGCCUGAAAGGGCUGGCUGAGCAUCAGCGUUCCGAAGUCCGCUGUGUCAAACAGGAGGACACAGGAGAUGACAGCAUCGACGAGACGCAGUGGGGAAAGAUCCAGGAGAGGAACCGGGGAAUGAAAGGCGCCGCCAAGUGGGAGGAGAUCUACAAGACUAUCUUCCCCUUGGAUGCCGUCCCGUCUCCUUAUCGUGAUGAACCGACAAGUGACUUGACUCUUGCCGCCUUCCGGAACUUCCUGGAGAACAACAUGCGGCAACAGAUCAGUCAUGCGGGGCAGAUCUUUAUCUAA